AUGGCUAUUCAACUCGGGAAUAGAAAUAGAGGUGCUGCCUUUAGUAUCGAAGGUUGGACCAAUCUAGUGACCAAAUUUUAUGAUGAGACCGGUCAAAAUUAUGAUAGGGACCAAUUAAAAAGUAGGUGGGAUGUAUUAAAAGGUGAUUGGAGAGUGUGGGAACAAUUGAGGAAUCUUGACACAGGUUUAGGUUGGGAUGCGGUGAAGGGAACGAUUUGUGCUACUGAUGAUUGGUGGGACCGAAAGUUGAAGGAAUUACCCAAAGCUAAAAAAUUUCAAGAGAAAGGUCUACAGAAUCUAGAACAACUUGAUAUAAUGUUUAGGGAUGUUGCAGCAACUGGAGUAGCUGCAUGGACCCCUUCUUCAAAUACACUCCCUCCAACAAUGCCACAAGAGGGUGCUGGUGAUUCAGAUGGUAGCUCCGAAUUUAAGGAUAAUCAAUGUGACAUGAGUUUAGACAUUGAUAGUUUGCAGCAAGGACAUACUAGUCAAUCACGUAGUUCAGGACAAAAGCGAACUAGUGAAUCAAUACCCUCACAGAAGAAAAAGAAGAAGAUAGGAGGAGCUGCAAUGUUGGACAAUCUUAUUAGUCAAUUAAUAACUGUAUGUCAGAAUAAGUCUGAAGGUACUUCUCGAGAGUUACCAAGUUCAAUUGAUAAUGUCAUGACAACUAUGAGAGCACUUCCUGGAGUGGAUAGUAAGUUCGUGGUUCAAGCUUCCUUUAUCUUACUAAAAAGGUCAUGUAGGGAGAUGUUCCUAACUUUCAAGGAGCUAGAGUCACAGCUGGAGUGGCUACAAGGAAUGAUUUGUUUGAACCAAAAGAAGUGA